GGGAAACUGGCAAUGAGACAGAGAGAGUAAAGACCUUCCAGGCACAGGAUACAAUCAAAUGAAUAAUCUGGAUUGAACUACUGGGGUUCAGAGUUGAGUCUGAUUGCCUGAUGGACAGACAACUGAGCCCGGCCUCCUUUGAGCUGUACCCUCAAGAAACGUGAAGUAUCUUUGAAGCAGCUGUCUACGGCUGAAGCACUGGAGCCCCCUUGUGGCAGCUAAAUCCAACGCAAACAUUUACACAGAAAGCGCAUAACAACAAAGUAAGGGAUUUAUCCAAAGCCCAAAGUCUUUUCUUAACUUCAGCGAUGGAAUGUGGGUCGAGAAUAUGCCACCUCUGUGACACGGGUGCGAUGAGGAACCGUUACUCGAAAUGAUGAAUUUUUCACUGCGUCUCAGCUCAAUGACAAUGAUGUUGACUGUACCAUUCCAGAGAAAACGGUGAUUGACCAGUUCGCUGCACAGACAGGGUAUGGACUGUACCAACCCACUGACAGGGGUGCGGAGUGUACCAUUCCCCAGACGGGGUCACUGACAGUAAAUCGGUGUUUGGCCACGAUCCCAGGUGAGUAGAGGUUAUGAGUUAGCUGUGUGACAAAGCACCUCAACAUGAUCUGGAGGAUCCUGCAGGGUGUGGGCUUGGUGCUCGUCAUAUUUCUGACGGUGUUUGGUAACGUGCUGGUGUGCCUGGCGGUGGGCGCCUGCCGCAAGCUGCGCUGCGUCACCAACGGGCUGGUGGUGUCGCUGGCGACGACGGACCUCCUCCUGGGGCUGCUUGUGCUUCCCUUUUCCGCCAUGAGGCAACUGCGCGGCGACUGGCCUCUGGGCGCCAUGUUCUGCAACGUCUAUGUCAGCCUGGACGUCAUGCUGUGCACCGCCUCCAUCCUCAACCUGCUCGUCAUCAGCGUGGACCGCUACUUCGCCAUCACUGCGCCGCUGCGCUACCCAACCAUGGUCACGAGCACCCGCAUCAUGGUGGCCAUGGCCCUCAUCUGGAUCAUCUCCCUGAUGGUGUCCUUCCUGCCUAUCCACCUGGGCUGGAACACGCGGGACCACAGCAUCCAGAACUACGGCCAGGACGACGGCCGGGAAUGCCAUUUCGAGCUGAACCCCAGCUAUGUGCUGGUGGACGCCUUUGCCACAUUCUACCUCCCCCUGCUGGUCAUGUGCUGCACCUAUUACCGCAUCUUCAGGAUCGCGCGCGAGCAGGCGAAGCGCAUCAACGCGCGGCCCACGUCCGCGUGCGUGGCAGCCGCGGUGCGCGAGCACAAGGCCACGAUGACGCUGGCAGGAAUCCUGGGCGCCUUCAUCAUCUGCUGGUUUCCGUACUUCACGUACUUCACCUACAGAGGGCUAUACGAGGAAACGGUCAACCCCACUGUCAACUCGGUGGUCCUGUGGCUGGGCUACCUUAACUCCGCCAUUAACCCUGUCCUGUACGCGGCUCUAAACCGAGACUUCCGCAACGCCUAUGAACAGCUGCUGCGCUGCAAGAGCCAAGACCCCUACAUCAGUAGCUCCACAGUGGCCCCUACUGGAGAAAUGGUAUUCCUGUGUGCACACACUACCUGUAAUGUGGAAUCACAUGGCAACAUUGAUGUGAUGCUGCAGGAGAGGAAUAACAGCAUUCAGAUGAAUCAGGACAGGUAGUGUGGCACAGAGAGGCGUAUAAUACCAGUCAGCACAGGUAACAUAGUACAGAGAAGUGGUAAUAUAGUGGAAAGAGAUGUAUGGUGCCUGUCACAGCAGAUGGUAUAGCACUGAGAGGUAUAUAAUUCAACCAGGUAGCAUAGCAAAAAGUGACAUAAGACAGGUAGACACAUAAAAUGGUGUGUGAUACCAGAUUAGGUAGCUAGCACAGAGCUGUGCAUAACUUGAGGCAGGAGGGGGAGCACACAG